AUGAGCCCCAUGCAGUUUCUGGUGAAGCAGCUUCCAGCUUCGCCAACGGAGCUGUGGACUGUGGUGUCAGCAUGCCUCGUGGCGGGCGCCCUGUUGGUACUGUUUUUUGUGUCACAACACAAACGCGCACGCCGUCCAGCUGCAGCCACACAAAUGUCAACUUUUUCUGGCCAUGCCGCUGUUACCAAUUCAUCAAAUACCGAGACAUUGCAACACGGAGAGACAAAAGGCCAACACCACAAAGAAGAGAGUGGUGCAGUCACUUCUCCUGCAAAGAAGGAGCGUGGUGAAAAAAUGCCUGCGAAGCCAACAUCUGUCUUGGGAGGAUACCCUGAGGUGGAUGCCCUCAUUCUCUCACCGUGCCAGCGCUACUUGUUCAUUUACUGUCGUAGCAAGCGUAGGGCACGCCUGUACCCUCAGAACACGAACCGCGCCUUUAUGGCUCGGGGGAAGGAGUUACAGGAGAAGUACUUUGUCUCCGUUGAUGAAGCAGUCGUGCAGGCUAUGGGAGGCGGGGGAAGAGUGGAGGUGCGUGCCGCCGCCUUUUCCUACGAUGGCACGAGGUUGGCGGUCAGUGAGCGCAACAGCGAUACCUUCCUUGUGUUUAUCAUUGGAAACAAGUGCCAGUUGACUCUGGAGUCUUCCUGCAAGUUGCCCGGCCACCGACUGGUGUCGUCCCUCCCGUCAUGGGGUUUGGCGGGAGCGGCAUACGAUCUCAUUGUGAUGAUGAACGACAAGGACUGCGAAGUUGAGGUAUUUAGUCUUCGCCGGAAAGAGUUCCUCGGGAAGGAUAAAUUCAGGGUAGGAAACGCGUUGACGUGGGCGAUGCAGGACACUACUGUUGCUGUGGCCGGAUCGUUUCUCAAAGCGGCGAGAUUGGCGACGGUGCAUGUGCCUCCAAACGGGUCCGGGAUUCAAUUGCGGAACAGUAUACACGUGCAAAGAGAUUCACAGGAGCGUGUUCUGGCUCUUGGGCUCACCACCAAGAAUGUGCCUGCAUUUAACACACGCGAGUACCUUGUUGUCUUUACAGAAGAUGGAUGUGGUAGCGUUUAUGACAUCGAAUCGCAAACAGUAAACUCCAAGACGGAACGUGUGAUGUCCCUUGUUGGUCAAUUUAAGGAUUCCACAUACGAAGGGUGGGAUCCCGUGCGACCUAUGCAGAUGGCUCUCAGCAUCUACGGCGGCUCGCACCACGAGCAUCUCACCGUUGCACUCUCGCGUGACGGUGAUGUGGCGGUUUACCGCCAGGCCUCUGCCGCAAAUGCGUCUUCUAAGAUUUUUGCGCUGGAGCCUGUUGUGGUUCUACAUGACUGUCACGAGGGUGACAACGUGGAGCAAGUGGUGUUUGUGCAGAACGGUGAGGGCCUUGCAACGAGCGGUGGCGCAGACGGCAGACAUGUGCGGCUGUGGGCCCUCCCUCCACUUCCUAGUUAA